GGAAGCAGAACGUCAACACCUAGAAAUCAACCAGUGGACAUAUGCAGACACAGCACAGGGUUAUGGUGUGGACGUGAAAUGUCAAGGGGAUACGGUGUCUGCCCAGAGUCUACUAACCAAUAGCCUCUUCACACAACAAAGGAAGGAUGUGCCCCAAUGCUGACGAUAUAUCCCCAAAGUCUCUAUGACAAAACUUCAAAUCGGUCUGCAACUUGGAUGUAGGUCUACCUACCUAAGCUCAUUUACAACACUUCUCAACCAAACAGCCCUAACCAAAUAAACUCUGCACCUCUGAAACCCAAGAUGGCUUCUAGACAAAGUGCCCUAACUGCUGCCGUGGUUACCCUGUUGGGAGCCACAUUGGGUGGCCUGUUGCUAUGGAGACAGAGAGCCAUAAGGACAAAGAAGAGACAGCUUUCUGCUCAGGGUCUGAAGGGUCAGGUAAGGGUCAGCUCUUGUCCCUUACCUGUGGAACCAGAGCCUGUGGUUCUGGACUGUAAGAACCCAGUGGAGUCCCAAAUCCAGUCUAAGCAGAUCCAGCUAUCCCCGGGUCAGAGUCUGGUCCUCCCACUGCCGGCUGUGCUACCCCCUGUUGACCAGGCCCUGGCAGUGCAGCCAGUGAUGGUAAGCUCUGAGAAGGAGUGGGAGCAGCUGUGGCCCAUGCUGCAGAAGGAUCUGUCAGUCUAUCCUGUCCUCGGCCUGGACUGUGAAUGGGUGAAGAGUCAAACUAAUACCCUGGGUGUGUCAGUGAAGGAUAAGACUUCAAUGGUCUCUUUACUCCAGAUGGCUUCCUACUCUGGUCUGUGUGUGUUGGUGAGGCUGCAGCCGUUCCGUGCUGGCCAGCAGGACUUGCCACUUACCCUGAAAGAGGUCCUCGGCGACCCUCACAUCCUGAAGGUGGGUGUGGGCUGCUACGAGGACGGGAAGCGUCUAACACGGGACUAUGGCCUGGCGCUGGGAUGUACUGUGGACUUAAGAUACCUUGCGCUACGACAAAGGAAGGUAGCGUUGAAUAACUGUCUGAGUCUGAAGUCUCUGGCAGCUGACCUGCUCAACGUCUCUCUGGAGAAAUCCUUGGAGCUGCGCUGUAGUGACUGGGAGGCUGACCCGCUGACCCUACAACAGAUGACCUACGCAGCCCGGGAUGCACAGGUAUCCAUCGCCCUCUUCUUCCGCCUACUCGGACUCCACUCAGAUUCCACGCCCUCACUUGACACUGGGAGUGGCUACUCCCAGCUGGCCAAUUGCUGCCAGGGCGUGGUGGACACACCCUUCAGGGGGUGGGGUGGAGGAGAGUGCGAGGAUGGAGGGAAAAGCGUGGAUCGAGAGAGGAGGAGGCGGAAUAGGAAGCUCCAGCAGUCUGUUUUUGAAAGCCCAGAGUCUGGGGACCAGCAAGUUCCAGACCCCAGGAAGAACAACAAGAGAAAAUCGCUCGGGGUGGGCUACUCUGCCAGGAAGUCCCCUCUCUAUGACAACUGUUUCCUCCAUGCCCCGGAUGGACAACCCCUCUGUACCUGCGACAAGAAGAAGGCCAAGUGGUACCUGGAUAAAGGAAUAGGAGUGCUGCAGAGUGAGGAUCCAUUCAUCGUGCGUCUGCUGUUUGAGCCUUCGGGACGUCCAGACUCCCAGCAGGACUACUACCUGACUGCCAAGGAGAACCUGUGUGUGGUGUGUGGCAAGAACGACUCUUAUAUCAGGAAGAACAUCGUUCCUCAUGAGUACAGACGUCACUUUCCCACGGAGAUGAAAGACCACAACUCCCAUGACAUCUUGCUGCUGUGCACUUCCUGUCACGCGGCCUCCAAUGUCCACGAUGGCUUCCUGAAGCAGCAGCUGGCUGAUGAACACGCUGCCCCCCAGGGUUGUGAGGAGGGCGUGCGGCUCCAAGAGGACUCUGACCGCAGGAGGGUUCGUUCUGCAGCCCGCGCCCUCCUGACUGCGGGGGAGGGGCUCCCUGGGCCCCGGAGAGACGAGCUGCAGGAAGUCAUCAGGAAUUACUUCAACGACCACGACGGGGAGCUGACGACAGACACCCUGCAGAGUGCUGCUGGCCUGGAGACACGGAUCUUCAAUGAGAGCUACGUUCCCCACGGGCUGAAGGUGGUGCAAGCGCAUGCCAAGCAGGGUCUGAAGGGGUUAAUGGGUCUAGAGCGCCACUGGAGGCAGCACUUCCUGUCGACCAUGACGCCGCGCUACCUCCCUCCUCUGUGGUCCGUCAACCACAACCACAGCAAGUUCCUACGCAAAUACGGCGAGGAUCUCCCCAUCCAACUCAACUGAACUACAGUCUACGUUUUUAACCUGAAAAGGGCCAGGCAGUUUGGCAUGACAAGGAGUCUAAGAAAAUGGAUUGGUAGCCAGGCUCCAUCUCUCUCUCUAUUUAUCCAUCAGCUUCUCUCUUCUCUGGAUCACAGUUUUUUUCAGUAGUUAAAACAGAAGCUACAUUAUCCACACUGGAGCCCAGAGAGCUGACUGACCGACCGACAGUGUCUGGUGGUAGUCUCACCUCCACCUGGGACGAGGCAGUCUGUCACCCUGUUCCUAUAUGGUGACAUGCAUGUUGAGUCAGACCUAUAGACCUACGGCCCUCGCUUGAACUCAAAACGUCCCCUACAGGCCCUCCGAUGAACUAGGGCCAGAGACUAGCAGAGACCAUUGGCUGAAAUGGUACCCCUAUUCUUUAUAAAGGGCAGUGCUUUAGACCUGGGCCCAUAGGGGUGCACCAUGUAGUGUCUAGAGCCAUUUCAGAUAGCUGGAGCCUGAGGAAAUGGACAGACUGCCUUGGUUCUGACAGAGGUACGGCCUAGCUUGGAGCCCGAGGAGAUGGACAGACUGCCUUGGUUCUGACAGAGGUACGGCCUAGCUUGGAGCCCGAGGAGAUGGACAGACUGCCUUGGUUCUGACAGAGGUACGGCCUAGCUUGGAGCCCGAGGAGAUGGACAGACUGCCUUGGUUCUGACAGAGGUACGACCUAGCUUGGAGCCCGAGGAGAUGGACAGACUGCCUUGGUUCUGACAGGUAAAGGAAGUCUGUAUCAAGAACACCAUCCAUGCUGCAGGAUUCAUAAUGAAAUUAUAUUGCAUAUGGACACUUUUUAACCAACACUGUGGUUUGGUUUCCCAGGCAGAUUGACUAGUCCUGGUCUUAAAAAUCCAUUUAAAUGGAGAUUCUCUCCAGGACUAGAUUUAAUCUGGGGCCAGUGAACCAACCCUAUGUAUAUCAAUAUAUAAAAAUGUGAAAUGUGAUUUUCACCAAUUUCAGAAAAUCAUGUAUUUUAAGACUACGCUGAAACCUGCUCUUAAUUCUCAUGAAAUAUAAAUUAUAAUUUUCCCCUGCAGGUUUUCAGCCCUAAUGAUAAUUCCUAUGCGUUUGCGUAUGUGCGGAAGUCAACGGUUGGCUUUGCAAAGGUGACUUUAAUUCAACGACACGAUUUGAUGUUCCCGUUGUUGUUUAUCUUCAACAGAUCAGACAUUAUGAUAUGACCACCAGCCAUUGGAUGCGUCACAAAUGACACUACUUUUGAACGGGGACCCACAAGGCAGUGCAUUUUUUUUAUAGUGAUUUAAAGGUUCCAUUUCAGUCAGACACUCAGGUUCAGUAGGACAAUGUAGAACGGUUGGCUUGGCGACGUGACAUCACUUCCUCCUAUACUGUCUGGCUGCAUCCCAAAUUGCACCCUAUGCUCUACAUGGUGCACUACUUUAUGUUGGUCAUGGAUGUGUUCUCUCUCUCUAAUCGGGACACCUCAUGUCACAUGUUUUAGUGUGACUCUUCUCCUCAUUAGAAGAGAUUUAAAAUCAGGACACACAAUCUUCAUUCCUCUACAACAGUUCCAGUCCAACCUCCUUUCCCCCUCCUAAUCAUUUCACGUUGAGAUAAGGACCAGCCUGUAUGUAUUGGUAGCCUGAGAGUGACCAGCUUCAUUGGUUAGUAAAGAAUGAUGGCCUUCUUGUACGGCGCGGCUAACCCGUUGACGCGUACGGCGCGGCUAACCCGUUGACGCGUACGGCGCGGCUAACCCGUUGACGCGUACGGCGCGGCUAACCCGUUGACGCGUACGGCGCGGCUAACCCGUUGACGCGUACGGCGCGGCUAACCCGUUGACGCGUACGGCGCGG